AUGCCGCUCCUCGCUCAAAAAAAGCUGCCGGUCCCGACCCAGGAUCUUCUGUCGUGGAUUUUCGACGGAGCAGACUAUGACCCCAAUAAACCAAUCUAUAUCGAUACUUCAAACCCUUCACGAACACUGUCUCUCAACCAGGGGCUUGGCUUGGUUCGGAAGCUCGCGGCCGGGUUCCGAGCCGCCGGGCUCAAGAAGGGAGAAUGUGUCUGUGUCCACUCUUUCAACGAUAUCUAUUACCCGGUCCUUUUCCUAGGAAUCCUCGCCGCUGGGGGCACUUUCGCGGGGACGAACCCUUCCUACACGUCUUUCGAGCUGAAACACCAUCUCAAGACCGCGGGCGCAAAGUAUGUCGUCGCUGAACCUGAGUUGCUGGAUGCAAUCAAGGCCGCGUCUGAAGAUUGUGGCAUUCCCGACUCCAACUUCCGAAUCUUCAAUGUCAAAGGCCAAGCAGUGCCCCAGGGAUUUCAGUCCUGGGAGGAGCUCAUGGAGCAUGGAGAGCGAGACUGGGACCGAUUCGACAGCGAAGAGAUCGCCAGCACGACCCCGGCGGCGUUCCUGUUUAGUUCGGGAACCACCGGCCUGCCCAAAGCAGCUGUGGUAUCUCAUCAUAACCUCGUCGCACAGCACACUCUUGCAAUCGCGCCGGAUGUGGUGCCCUGGCAGGUCCGGCGGCUGUUGUACAUGCCCAUGUUCCACGCCGCGAUCGUGCCCGUCGGACACACCACCCCCUUCAAGGCCGGCCAUGAGACGUACGUGAUGCGGCGGUUCGAGAUGGAAGAGUUCCUGCACUCGAUCCAGGAAUUCAAAAUCACCGACCUGUCCAUCAGCCCGCCGGUCGUGGUCAUGGCUCUGGCGAGUCCACUGCUCAACCGCUACGACCUGACGUCGGUUAAAUGGUGCCGGUCCGGAUCCACGUCGUUGGGCAAAGUCCAUCAGCGCGAGUUCGAGAAGCACCUGGCUCCGGACGGCGUCUUCAAUCAAGUGUGGGGCAUGACGGAGACGACCUGUGUAGCAUCCCGGUUUUGGUAUCCCGAGAGUGACUCGACAGGGAGCAUUGGGCGGUUCAUCCCGAAUUUGGAUGUGAAACUAGUUGACGAACAAGGGAACGACAUCACCGCAAUGGGGGCAAAGGGCGAACUUUUAGUGAGAGGUCCUACCGUCAUAAGAGGCUACUACCAGAACCCUGCGGCCAACCGGGACGCAUUCGACGACGAGGGGUAUUUUAGGACCGGUGAUAUUAUUUCGUGCGGGAGAAUCGCGGACGACAACAACAGCAAUACAGGCCAGACCGACGAUGCGGGGACUGCCGACGAAACUGUGGACGAAACCCCAGCCACAGCCAAGUGGUACAUCCACGACCGGAAGAAAGAACUGAUCAAGGUGCGAGGGUUCCAGGUGUCGCCCGCCGAGCUGGAAAAGGUCAUCUUGCAGCAUCCUGCCAUUGCGGACGCGGCCGUCAUCGGGGUCAAGGUCUACCACGAUGCCGCACCAUCCUCCUCGUCCGUGUCAUCAAGCACUUCCGUCGAUAGUGGGAAGGACGGAGAGCACCCCCGUGCCUACGUGGUGCUGAAGCCGGGGAGAACCGCCACCGAGGCAGAUGUGAAAGAGUGGUGCGCUCGGCAUUUGGCCAAAUACAAGGCUUUGACCGGAGGAGUGAGAUUCAGUGACGCGCUGCCCAGAAAUGCAGGGGGGAAACUCUUGAAGGGUGUGUUGAGAGAACAGGCUGCCAAGGAAGCUCGAUCAAAAGGGCGUAACGAGCAAGAUGGUAGUUCGCCCAUCCGGGCCAAGCUUUGA